AGAAGAUGGGGAGGAAUAGGUAAAGUUUAAGUAGCAGGGAGGAUUGAGAGCUACCAACAUUUAAUAUUAUACGGCUACACCAAAAUGCGAACUACGAACACAAGAAAAUCUGUCGUUAUCUCUGUUUUAGUUAUCACCUAAAUUCAUUCAUCUUCUUCAAUUUCUCUAUUCGAAAUUUCCUCUUCAGCUUCCUACGCCGUUUCAUAUUUGUUUCGUUAUAUUACACCCACUUGAUCUUACUUCUUUUCCUCUGAUUCUUCUCGGGUUUUGACUUUUUGUAUAGCCAUGAUCUUUCAACUUUUUCUUAUUGCUCUGCAUCUACGGACUUAAGAGGCAGAGUCCACCGCACGAGGAGCUUAGUUUCUUUUGUGGGUUUCGUUUGAAAUGAGCAGAGCCGGCGGCCCAAGUGGCCGGAAGAGGGGUUUCUUCAAUGGCGAUGGUGCGGCCGAAUUCUUCCUCCAUUUAAUGGUGGACAAGCCUCUUCUUCCAUUUCUGAUACCGUUAGUUUUGAUUGCUUGGAGUAUUGAGAGAUGGGUCUUUUCUUUCUCUAAUUGGGUUCCUCUGGCUGUGGCUGUUUGGGCAACUUUGCAGUAUGGGAGUUAUCAACGCCGAUUAGUUGUGGAUGAUUUGAACACAAAAUGGAGGCGACUCGUAACGAACACCUCGCCUGAAACACCUUUGGAACCCUGUGCUUGGUUGAAUAAGCUGUUGAUGGAAGUAUGGCCAAAUUAUUUCAAUCCAAAACUUUCCACAAAGCUUUCUUCCACAGUAAAUAAACGGUUGAGGGACCGAAAGUCGAGGCUUAUUGAAAAAAUCGAACUGCUGGAUUUUUCUCUUGGCUCAUGCCCUCCUAGUUUGGGUCUUAGUGGGGCUCGAUGGUCAACUUGUGGUGAUGAGAGAAUCAUGCAUUUGAGUUUCGAUUGGGACACAAAUGAAAUGAGUAUUUUGUUGCAAGCAAAACUGGCCAAGGCACUGAUGGGAACUGCCCGGAUUGUCAUAAACAGCCUCCAUAUAAAGGGUGAUCUUGUGUUGAUGCCUAUUUUGGAUGGGAGGGCAGUUUUAUUUUCCUUUGUGACAACUCCUGAUGUAAGAAUAGGAGUUGCUUUUGGAAGUGGUGGAAGCCAAUCAUUACCUGCAACAGAGCUCCCUGGUGUUUCCUCCUGGCUGGUCAAAAUUUUUACAGAUACCCUGGUUAGGACAAUGGUCGAACCACGCAGGCGUUGUUUCUCGUUGCCAUCUGUUGAUCUUAGGAAAAAAGCUGUUGGUGGUAUUAUAUAUGCAACAGUCGUUUCUGCCAGAAAACUUUAUAGAAGUAGUUUGAAGGGAAGCCCAACCAGAAGGCAACAAAGUUACUCUGCUAAUGGUUCAUUCGUAGAGCAGUUUACUGAUAAAGAUAUGCAGACAUUUGUUGAGGUUGAACUUGAAAAGCUUAGUAGAAAAACAGAAGCAAGAUCAGGUUCAGACCCUCAGUGGAAUACGACAUUCAAUAUGAUUUUACAUGAAGAUACAGGAACUCUACGGUUUCAUCUUUAUGAGUAUCGACCAAGUCAUGUGAAGCAUGAUUAUCUAGCAAGUUGUGAGGUUAAGAUGAAAUAUGCUGCAGAUGAUUCCACUACAUUUUGGGCAAUAGGACCAGAUUCCAGUGUAAUAGCCAAGCAUGCUGACUUUUGUGGAAAAGAAGUUGAAAUGGUCAUUCCAUUUGAAGGAGCCCAUUCUGGGGAGCUGACAGUAAAGCUUGUUUUAAAGGAAUGGAUGUUCUCAGAUGGUUCACAUAGUUCUAACAGGUAUCAUGUUAGUCCACAACAAUCUCUCGAUGGGGCGUCGAGUUUUCUUUCUAGCACUGGAAGAAAAAUUUACAUCACAGUUGUGGAAGGGAAGGAUCUACCCACAAAAGACAAGAAUGGAAAGUGUGAUCCGUAUGUCAAAUUGCAGUAUGGAAAGGCUCUCCAGCGCACAAGAACUGCUCACUCCUUCAAUCCAAUAUGGAAUCAGAAGUUUGAAUUUGAUGAGAUAGCUGGUGGUGAACAUCUUAAGUUAAAAUGCCUUACAGAAGACAUUUUCGGGAACGAUAACACCGGUAGCGCGAGGGUAAAUCUAGAAGGAUUAGCAGAAGGGUCAGUUAGAGAUGUAUGGAUUCCUCUUGAAAAGGUGAAUUCUGGAGAAUUAAGGCUUCAAAUAGAAGCCAUCAGAAUGGAUGACAAUGAAGGAUCUAAGGGCUCAAGCUUGGGUCCAACAAAUGGUUGGAUUGAGCUUGUUCUAAUUGAAGCAAAAGACCUUGUUGCUGCGGAUAUCAGAGGGACAAGUGAUCCUUAUGUGAGAGUCCAAUAUGGAAAGUUGAAGAAAAGAACCAAGGUUAUGUACAAAACCCUGAGUCCCAAGUGGAAUCAGAUUUUGGAGUUUCCUGACAAUGGCAGCCCAUUGUUGUUACAUGUCAAAGACCACAAUGCUCUGCUCCCCACAUCAAGCAUAGGUGAUUGUGUUGUGGAAUAUCAAGGGCUACCCCCAAACCAGAUGUUUGACAAAUGGAUACCACUUCAGGGUGUCAAAAAGGGAGAGAUACAUAUCCAAAUCACCAAGAGAGUUCCAGAACUAGAGAAGAGAACUAGUUUGGAUUCAAGAACCAGUCUGGAUUCUGAAAUUCCCUUGAGGAGAGCACAUCAGAUUUCCAGUCAGAUGAAACAGAUGAUGAAUAAGUUACAAAGUUUCAUUGAAGACAGUAAUCUUGAAGAAAUUUCAACAACUGUGAGUGAGCUGGAAAGUCUAGAGGAUCUGCAAGAAGAGUAUAUGGUACAGCUUGAAACAGAACAAAUGCUUUUAAUAAACAAGAUUAAGGAACUUGGUCAGGAGUUUCUCAACUCAUCCCCUUCCUUAAGCAGAAGAUCAUCUGGAUACUAAUCAGAUCCAUCAGGUUCUCAACUUUUGCCCCAGUUAGCAGUACAAAUCAUGACUUGACAUGCAUUUUUGAGAUUCUGAUGCAAGUGUACACGUUCUUUAGAAGAGUCCAUCAAUGCAUAUGGACACUUCAUGUUCAUUUUCGUAUAGGAAUUCUUAUUUGUUCUGAACAAUUGGGAAGAAUUUGCCUCAUUUGUUAAGCUAACAGCAAAAAGAUUGUAGAUGUUGGGACCUCUGA